AGAAACAUGCUUCAACAAAGACACGAUUUUUAGAUAAGACCCUUUGCCAAUUGCACAUCGUUUGAUACACUAAGUGCUUGUAUUGUACUGGAUUUAAGGAUUUUGCGAGAAUAAAGAAAAUGGAAUCUUUAUUUAUACUGUCCCUUCUUUUCAUAGUGUCAUUUUGUCAGCAAAAUUGGAAUGGUGGACAGGGUGAUUGGUAUUGCAGCAUGCUCAUGAAUGAAGACUGCACCUUACACCACCUGCACGAGAGAUGUGGGACAGAUGGUAUCACAUACAGAAACAUGUGUGACAUUGGUCAAGCCCACUGUAGAAACAAUGUCACCAAUCAGUUACAUGAGGGCCCAUGCAUACAGUCCACUUCAACUACAAGGAGCCCCGAAGAAGUUAUUCAUGGAAGUGCUAUUAUUCUGGACUUCCAAUGUACAUUACUAAGUCAUCGUGAGUGCGAGUUUGCAUACUAUGAGAAGAUAUGUGGUACCGACGGAAGAACAUAUCCCACUUUUUGUGAAUACGAAAAGGCUAGAUGUACACACAGAGAUCUUCACGUGGCAAAAUUUGGGGAUUGUUAUGCUUAACUUACAUACAUGUAAAUACAGCUCCCCAAAAAGGGACAAUAAAUUUACAUUGAAUAGUAAAAA